AUGGCCUCCCUCCGACCCAGUAACCUCUCACUCUCAGUCCGGACCCUCCGCUCAACUCUCUGCUCAGUAAGGCCCUCACCACGCUACUCCUUCUCCGUAUUCACCCCAUCAACCCAAACACAUCCAACUCGCACGCACUCAACAUCCUCCGUCUCCGCCGAUGAGCUCUCCCACUUCUCCGGCCUCGCCAGCUCCUGGUGGGACCCAAUGGGCCCCUCCCGAAUCCUGCACCUAAUGAACCCCCUCCGCCACGAAUUCAUCGCCUCCUGCCUAGCAGAAGGAACCCCAAACACAAUUCCAUCCACGCCUUCCACCGCAACCCUCAACUACCUCGACGUAGGCUGCGGCGGCGGCAUCUUCGCCGAGUCGCUCGCACGCACAAUCCCCAUCGACCCAACCGGCCCAGCCCCAACCCCAACUCUCGCUGCUUCAAUGACCGCAAUCGACCCCUCAACAGACCUAAUCCAAAUGGCCCGUGAGCACGCACGCAUGGAUCCCACCGUCGACACGCACCUGCGUACAGGCCGUUUCAAGUACCUUAAUACGACGCUGGAGGAUGUACUUGCCGGUAACGCGGUCGCUUCCUCUCUCGGUUCAACCCAAACCCCGAAUUCCAACUCUGCCUCAACUCAACUUACUCCCCCACAAUUCGACGUCGUAACCCUCUUCGAAGUCCUCGAACACAUCGACCCGAAAACCUCAACGCCGCUUAGCUUCCUGACAAACUGUCUCCGCGCGCUCAAGCCCGGUGGUUGGCUGAUUGGAUCUACUAUUUCGCGGACGCUGCCGUCGUUUAUCCUGAACCAGGUUAUCGCCGAAGCGCCGUGGCCGAUUGGUGUUGUGCCCCGCGGGACGCAUGAGUGGAGUAAGUUUGUUAACCCGGAUGAGGUUAAGGGAUGGUUGCAGGAGGGGUUGAUGAUGGCUGCCGAUACGGUUGUUUCGAGGGGCGGGGGUGCGGUUGCGGAGGGGAUGAGGUGGAAGUGUGUGGGUACUAUUUAUGUUCCUGGGAUUGGGUGGAAGAUGGUACCUGGGAGUGAGGAUUGGGGGAAUUAUUUCUGGGCUGUUAGGAAAGAGGUUUAG